AUGGGUGCCAUCUCACUCCUUUCUAGGACCAACAGCGCCACCAUUGCCGGUGUGUACAGAAGUCCGGGAGCCAACAUAGAAGAAGAUGAACAACUAAUCAGGGCUCUGGAUGUACUAGCACAGUCCCAACAGAAACUGGUCAUUGCUGGGGACUUCAACCUUCCCGGCCUCCAGUGGACAACAGAGACCUGCUCGGAGAGUGCACCAGAGGAAAUGUUCCUGGAAUGGAUACACUCCAGAGCCAUCCUGUAA